UGGUGGGCCAAAAUCAGCUUGUUGAGUUUGAGAGUUUUGUUUAUUUUAGAAAUGUUGAAUCUGUGUACGCAGAGGCCGGCUAGAUGGAAAGCUUCGUCGUUGCGUUUCACGAUCUGUAUAUGCAGUUUGGAAGGUAAUCUACACGAACGGUCAAGCUACACAUUCAAACCGAUGCGAAUAUAAACGUUAAGCAUUCCGAAAAGAAAAAAGAGAACACAAAAUAAAGCCCAUUGAACAGAACAAAACCCAACACGAUUCAGACUCGGCCUACCCACCCAUAAAUAAAACCUACUCAGCGGGCCGGAAAGCAGAAACGAUCGCAACAGCGCCCCAAAACAAAAAACACAACCGCAACAGAUCGAUUCAAAGGCGCCGAUCGACCGAAGCGGACCGACUAUGCCGUCGCCGCCGCCGCCAUCAGGGCACGACAAGACAGAUGCGGAGCCGGAGGUCUUUAAGCCGGUGAAGCCCGAGCCGACGGCGGACGGGGACUUCAUCAACGUCACGGUCACGAGCCAGAUCUCCGUCGACGUCCUCUUCCGCAUCAAGCGCAACGCCCGGCUGCAGCGCCUCAUGGACAUGUACUGCGGUAAGCACUCGCUCGACCCGAGAGCCGUCAGGUUCCUGAACGACGAGGGCAAAUACCUCAAGGCCGCUCAGACGGCGGACGAGGCCGGGUUGAAGGACGGCGGCCUGAUCGACGUCCAUAUGGCCCAGGACGGCGGCUUCGCUCCUAGUAUUACCUCUGUUCACAUAUGAAUUCUAUGAAUAGUAAGUUCUCCGUGUUGCGGUUGGUGACAAGAAUUUAGAAUAGUAAUAUUUUACGUGUGGUGUAAUUGACUGUCGCUGAUUUUCUUAGACCAUGAAAUCUUUCUUGGCCAUGAAAAUGUGAAAUCUUUCUUGACCAUGA